AUGGAGGGCUCCGAGUAUCUUAUAUCCAACAGUCGGAUAGAGCUGCCAGGUCCAGGCAAGCUCAGGGUCUGCCAAGUUGCUGGUCCGCCACGUGAGGAGCGGCUGCUAUCCAGCAUCAGCAUCCUCCCGUCUCUCGCCGAUGAGUGCGAUGAGACGGUGUGGAUGACACAGCAUGAUCGGCCUCAUGUCAGAGUCCGGGGACGCGGUGGUCGGACCUGGCACCAGGAGAUCCUCCACGCUUCUUGA